AAAAAAUGUUAUUAUUAUAAUUUGUCCAACUUUUAAAUAUAUACGAUAAUCUUGCAAUAAUUAUGACAUUUGUUUGCUGAAAUUGUGAUUAGUUUUUUCAUUGUAUUAUAUGGUAAUAAAAAUUAUGAACUGGUCAGUGGCAACUCUGUUUGAAUUUUAUUUCAUGCGCCAUUCGAGCACCGCACAGUAUAAAUGUGACUUGAACACCGCGAACAUGGCUUUCCCUGGUAAUAUUUAUAUCCGAAAAUUUGAGAACAUUCAGCGGACUGAGUGCAUUUGUGUCUGUGUCAAACCAAAUGUUAAAUUAAAACAUUGACUGUUUCGGCCAAACGACGUUUGCGACACAAUCGAAUUCGCUGCGCUCUUCACGCCUACGCCGGCGUGUAUGUGUGCGUGUUAAAUCGAUGGGUUAAAUUGGCUACUCGUGCGAGUGAAUAAGAACAGUUUUGUGACGCUUGCAAAAAAAAAGUGAACGCGUAGCAGAGCAGCGCUGCAGCAGAGCUUAACACACACAUAUGCGCAAGCAAAAGUGAACUGUACAAUCUAAAGCUAUAAACAAAACAUUAAAUAGGAAAUUUUUUUCUACAAAAAUUAUUAGCUAUCGGUGAAAAGUGGACAAAAAUGCAUCAACUAAACACAGCGCGCAUGAGUUGAAGUGACAGCAAGCAGUCGCAGUGCUGCCGCAGCAGACGUCGACGUCGACGCCGCCAUAGGUAUGCUGCAGUAAGCAGAGUUGCUAGCUCAGCACGCCGCGACAGCACCAGCCGAAUCGUAACAUUUGCCAAAGAUUAGUUACAUAUAGUAAUUAUAGACGAGUUUAAUCGCACAAUCAACCGAAAGGUAUCACAAAUCUCAACUGAAGAAUGACAUCUCGACUCGAUCGUCUUUUUAUACUACUCGAAUCGGGAUCCACCGCAGCCACGCGCCAUGCGGCGGCCAAGCAAAUUGGUGAGGUGCAAAAGCUAUAUCCACACGAAUUGCAUGCCUUGCUCAAUCGGCUCGUGGGAUAUUUGCACAGUACUUCGUGGGAGACGCGCAUUGCCGCCGCGCAGUCGGUGGAAGCAAUACUGAAGCAGGUGCCGCCAUGGCAGCCCGAACUGCAUUUGGGUUCCAUACAUUUUAAGAAAGAGCGCACGGCCAGUGAUGCCACUGAGGAGGACAGCUGCCAAUCGAAUGCAUCUUCAUCUACCACCACAACGCCGUGCAGCGAGCGAUUGCUUAGCUUUGAUGAGUUCGAUCUACAGCAGAUUUUGCAGAAAGGCGCCCGUCUGAUCGGCUCCGAGGGCAAUGAAUUCGAUGUGCAGGAGGAGCAGCCGGCUAGUGGCGGCGCUGCCGAGGAUCACAGUGUGGCUGCUCGACUGACUCGCCAGCGUGCGCUGCUCAAUGACAAGCUGGGACUUACCACAGCCGCCAAGCUGGGCGUCAAUCUGACUGACAUGAUAACCGACGAGGAUGUGGCCCUGCAGCGCACUGGCAACAGCUACAAUGUGAAUGCCGAGAAACUGCCUGUGGAGCAAAUACUACACAUCAAUCAGGCCAAUGGAGGAGGAGCAGCUGGUAUCAGUGCUGCAGGCCAGCGGCUCAGCUGCCGCGAAAUGAAUCGCGCUAAGCGCAAAGCACGUCAAGGCAGCGCCACUGCUGUCUCCACAGUUACGCCCACUUGCAGUCGCCGAAACUCAACAGCUGGCAUCGGUGCCGGCAGCAACAGCAGCAGCGGCGGCAGCAGCUGCAGCAACAACAACAGCAGCAACAACAACAACGGCAACAGCACAACUGAUGAGCCAGAGAAGAAGAAAUUGAAGGCAAACGACAGACACGAGAUUUUCUACAACUUGAGCGCCGCUGUGCCAGAUGCAACAGGCACAUGGGUCGAUGCUGUCUCCUGGCCACUGGAGAAUUUUUGUGCGCGCCUCUUUAUUGAUCUCUUUCACGCCAAAUGGGAGGUGCGUCACGGGGCGGCCACUGCGUUGCGUCAGCUCAUCAAUCUGCAUGGCAAUGGAGCGGGCAAGUGUGUGCAGCAGAGUCCCGAGCAAAUGCACGAGGCGCACGGCCGAUGGCUGGAGGAUGCGGCAAUACGAUUGCUUUGUGUGCUAUGCCUCGAUAGAUUCGGAGACUUUGUCUCCGAUCAGGUAGUGGCGCCGGUGCGCGAGACCUGUGCCCAAGUGCUGGGCACCCUGGUCAAAGCCAUCGAUGAGCCCAAGGUUCAUCGCAUAGUGGACAUUUUGCUGCAGCUGAUACGACACAAAAACGAGUGGGAAGUGCGCCAUGGCGGUCUUCUAGGCCUGAAGUAUGUGUUUGUGGUGCGCGAGGAGCUCUUGCCCAUUUACCUGCCCAAAUCGAUAUCGGACAUACUGCCAGGCCUGCUGGAUGCUGUCGAUGACGUCGGCGCGGUGGCGGCAGCGACACUAAUCCCAGUGGCAAUGUGGCUACCCAAGCUGCUCAAUGCCACGCAGGUGUCAUCAAUUGUCAAAAUGCUGUGGGAUUUGCUGCUCGAUCAAGAUGAGCUAACUUCGGCCUGCAACAGCUUCAUGGGCCUACUGGCGGCCAUAUUGUGCCUGCCACAGGCAGCCAGCUGGAUUCAAAUGGAGCCAAUAGGCACGCUGGUGCCACGCCUGUUUCCGUUCCUCUCGCACAGCACCAGCUCAGUACGUCGCUCGACACUGAAGACGCUGUUGACAUUAACAAGCGGAGGCGAAGCUGAGCCCAAACAGGAGCCAGUCGGUGCCAAAUUGGAGUUGGAGCAGGCAACUGACAGUGCCAAUGGCGUGCAGAAAUCUUUGAAGCUGAACUUUGGCGUUGUAGAUUGGAACUGGCAGCUGCUGCAGCAGGGGCUGCGGCAUAUCUAUCAACGUAUUCUGGUGGAGCCGCAGGCGGAUAUUCAGACCUUGGCGCGUCAGGUCUGGUCCAAUCUCAUUGAGCACGCAGGGUUGGGAGCGCUACUGCAUGCUGCCUGCCCGUAUGUAUCAUCCUGGAUAUGCCUGGCCAUGCAGCCGCCACGUCUGGCCUUUGAUCCGGCCGUGCUCAUCAGAGGUAGUGGUGGCGCCAGCGAUGUAGCCGCCGUAUCAGCGGCGAGUACCCGCCGCCGUAACCUGCGCAUGGGCGAUGAUCUGGGUGGCGUUGCAUUGGCUCACUCGAAUGUCAUGCAGAAGUUGUAUUUGGGCGGCAGUGAGGCUACACCACUGGAGCUGCGUGAGGCGAACUUUAUGCGCGCCCGCAUCACGGCAUCGCGAGCGUUGGGUGCUCUCUCGCACUAUCUGGUGCAGCCGGCACCGGGCGUCCUCUAUACGCCGCAGAUGGAGAGUCCCACAGAUUGCUACACCAAGGUGCUGCUGGGCCACUUGAAUGCCCAUUCGGCGGUUCAGCGGAUUGUGUGUGGCCUUAUAAUUGCAUUCUGGGCACUCGAGGAUGAGCCCGUGCGACCAGGACCUCCAAAUCUGCAGGAGAAGCUGCAUCAGUGUGUGUCAGAGUAUUUUUAUUAUGACGAGGUGGCCACGUCGCUAACACGACUGCUGCAGGAGGCGCAGGACUUUAUAGCAACGCUGAAGCAAAACAAGAUACCCAUUAACGACUUCAACAAUGCGAAGAUUCUUACGCUUGACCAGAUAGAGGCGGUGGCCACCACACUCAGUGACAAUCUGCGUAGCUAUGCGCUCAAGCCAAAGGUGCUGGAAACGCUCCUGGAGCGUAGACGCAGCUUACAGGCCUCGUAUCAACAGACGACCAGUGAACAAGGCGCCUACCAUGUCAGCGCCCAGGCAGCAUUGGCCGGUGCUAUUUGUGCGCUGCACUGUCUGCCAGACAAAUUGAAUCCCGUUGUCAAGCCGCUCAUGGAGUCGAUUAAGCGGGAACAGUGCGUGCCACUGCAACAAUUGUCUGCUGACUUUUUGGUGCAUCUUAUGGAACAAGUUUGUGAUAGAAAUCCUAGUCCCAAUAGUAAAAUAUUAAAUAAUCUGUGCACCCUGCUGCGUAGCGAUACAGAGCACACGCCGAAGCUGAUGAUGCCGUCGCGCACGUUCCUAGCGACACGUUCCAGUGCCUCUGUCAGUGUCCAUGACACCUGCGACUAUUAUGGCAUCCUAACGCUCAAGCAGCAACAGGCGACGGGUGGCAGCAGCGGCGGAGGCGGUGCAGGCACAAGAGCUGGCGGCACGGCUUUAAUGCCAACGCCUAGAGGGCCCGGCAGACCGCCAGCCAGUGAAGCCUUGGCUGCUGCAGUAGCGGCUGCGGCUAGCAAAGAGAUCAGCACUCAACAGGUCAAAGAGGCUGAGGGGCGACAGUGUCGCAUACAGAGAUUGGGCGCAGCUUGCGCCAUUGCCAAGCUCUGCAGCUCAUUCGGGGAUCGCAUUGUAGAGAAGGUGCCCAUCUUUCAGCAGCUGAUGUUUGGCAAACUGGAGCAGUUUGUCACCAGCAUGGAUAUAGAGAAGCUAUCCAGCACUCUGCCUGAGCUGACGCCAUGCAAUGAUCUGAUUAGCUCGUUGCAACUAAUCGAAACGGCGGCACCGCAUUUGCACGUCGCGCUACAUGAGCAGCUUUUUGCACUGCUGCCACACCUCGGCUUCAUAUUGCGGCAUCCGUUGAAGGUAUUGCGCCACAUGGCAGCUCGUUGCUUUGCUGCCCUGGCUGAGAUUGAUGCCUGCCGUACCAUGCAGUUUGUGGUAGCAGAGCUGCUUGGAUUGCUGCUCAAGAUUGAGAGACCCAUUGAACGGCAGGGCGCAGUGGAGGCCAUUGAGCGAGUGGUUAAUCGACUGCAAAUCCGUGUUGUGCCAUUUAUUGUGCUACUCGUGGUGCCGCUGCUGGGCGCCAUGAGCGAUCCAGAUGAAUCAGUACGCCUGCUGGCCACGCACUCGUUUGCCACACUCAUUCAACUAAUGCCACUGGACGGUGCCGUCAAUGCAAAGACAGCACCACAGCUCAAGGGCGAGCCAUUAGAGGAACGCAAGACACGAGAUCGUGAGUUCCUUGAUUAUCUGUUUGCGCCCAAGACGAUACCGGACUAUAAUGUACCCGUUGCGCUCAGUGUGGAGCUGCGCGGCUAUCAGCAGGCGGGCAUCAACUGGCUGUGGUUCCUUAACAAGUAUAAUCUGCAUGGCAUUCUCUGCGACGACAUGGGCCUGGGAAAGACGCUCCAAACGAUUUGCAUAUUGGCCGGCGAUCAUGUGCAGCGCCAAAAGGCCAAGCUGGCCCCAUUGCCCAGCCUAGUCAUCUGUCCGCCAACACUCACUGGCCACUGGGUGUAUGAGGUGGAAAAGUUUCUGGCACAGUCACCAGUGUUAAAGCCUUUGCACUAUUUCGGUUUUCCCAUUGGACGCGAGAAGCUUCGCAGUCAAAUUGGCACCAGUUGCAACCUGGUAGUCGCUUCCUACGAUACUAUACGCAAGGACAUUGACUUUUUCAGUGGCAUUCACUUCAACUACUGUGUGCUGGACGAGGGGCAUAUCAUAAAAAAUGGAAAGACAAAAAGUUCCAAGGCCAUAAAGCAGCUAAAGGCCAACCAUAGACUAAUCCUAUCAGGCACGCCCAUACAGAACAAUGUGCUGGAGCUGUGGUCGCUGUUUGAUUUCCUAAUGCCUGGCUUUCUGGGCACCGAGAAACAGUUCAUUCAACGCUAUUCGCGACCCAUUUUGGCCUCACGGGAUGGCAAGAGCUCGCCCAAGGAACAGGAGGCCGGUGUGCUGGCCAUGGAAGCCUUGCAUCGCCAAGUGCUGCCAUUCCUAUUGCGUCGCGUCAAAGAGGAUGUGCUCACGGAUCUCCCACCCAAAAUCACGCAGGAUCUGCUAUGCGAACUGAGUCCCCUGCAGUUGCGCCUCUACGAAGACUUUAGCAAUAAACACUUGAAAGACUGUUUGGAUAAGUUGGACGAUACGGAGAAUCUCGGUACCAAAACGCACAUCUUCCAGGCACUUCGUUAUCUGCAAAACGUUUGCAAUCAUCCCAAGCUGGUACUGCGUCAAUCCGGCGAUGAGCUGACCAAUGUUGCUGCGCAGCUGGCACUCAGUAAUAGCACCCUUGACGACAUUGAGCACUCGGCCAAAUUGCCAGCUCUUAAGCAACUGCUUUUAGAUUGCGGCAUUGGUGUCCAAACGGAGUCAGUCAGUCAGCAUCGGGCGCUUAUAUUUUGCCAGCUGAAGGCCAUGCUGGACAUUGUGGAGCACGAUCUGUUGCGCAAACAUUUGCCCAGCGUUACGUAUCUGCGCCUGGACGGCAGCGUGCCAGCCUCAUUGCGUCAGGACAUUGUGAACAACUUCAACAGUGAUCCCAGCAUUGAUGUGCUGCUACUAACCACUCUGGUGGGCGGCUUGGGUCUAAAUCUUACCGGUGCCGAUACCGUCAUCUUUGUGGAGCACGACUGGAAUCCCAUGAAGGAUCUGCAGGCCAUGGAUCGUGCCCAUCGUAUCGGACAAAAGAAGGUGGUCAAUGUGUAUCGCCUGAUUACGCGCAACUCGCUCGAGGAGAAGAUUAUGAGCCUGCAAAAAUUUAAGAUACUCACCGCCAAUACGGUGGUGAGUGCCGACAAUGCUUCGCUUCAGACCAUGGGCACCUCACAAAUCUUCGAUCUGUUUAAUGUCGGCAAUAAGGCCAGUAACAGCGGAGCAGCAGCAACAGCCGCUGGUGGCAGCGGUGGCAUGACCAUGAAUACAAUCAUUGAGAAUUUGCCGGAGCUUUGGUCCGAGCAUCAGUAUGAGGAGGAAUACGAUCUGGGCAACUUUGUGCAAGCCCUAAAGAAGUAAAGUCACCACUUCAUCCCUAAUAAGACUUGGAACGUACAGUCUCACAAACUAUACUUAAACACACAGACACACAAACCGCAUUCGCGCAUCGCUAAAGAUGAGUCAAGUACUCAUUUUAAUUUUGCAGGCACAUGCUUCAUUCUUUUUCCGUCAAAAGUAAACUUCUUUGCAAUUUAUAAUAAAAACAUUAAAAGUCAAAA